AACUCAACUUAAGUGAGACCUAAUGCACAGCUGUCGCCACAUUAUCCUGGUCUCAAACGGGUUAACCGACUUCAGUGGGAGGAGAAAGAAGUUCUCAUUUCCCGUAAAAGUUUUGUUGUUCAGUUGGUAAAUGAGAACGCAUGUCAACGGGUCUGUCCUAGCAAUCGUAUAUAGGUGUGCCUCAUUUACCUGUGAGAUAUGGCGUCUUCAAUGACAACUACAGCAAACGGAGUGACGGUGGUGACUCAUAUUAUCCCAAUAGAGGAAAAAACUCUGGACCUAGAGGCGAGCUUUGUUGACCCAGAGAAGCCCAGUCUGCCUCCAACAACCAGGAUGUUUCUGAAGGGAAAGCCCCUGUCGCUGGGGUUGGUGCAGGUGUUUACUGGUUUGGUGAUCAUGGCUCUGUGCUCCAUCACACUGGUCAUCAACACCCUUCCUGCUGAGAUUAUAUUUGCUCUUGGACUUCCGUUUGUCAUCUCUGGGUCUGUGGCUAUUGUUGCACACUCGAGGUCCAAUCUUACUCUGAUCAAAGCCACGCUGAGCAUGAGUGUGAUCUGUGCUGUGGUGGCUGUGGGAGGAAUCUGCUAUUUCAGUUGGAUGCUCAGCAUUAGACCAGAGGAAGACCCUUCUUGUAAUGGAGAGAGUUACUGGUCGUGUCAAUACAUGAGAUGGCGAUUUAUUAAUUUGAUGGAUGGAGUGAAGGGUAUUCUUCUGUCAUUGUCUUUUCUUGAACUGUGUGUGUGCAUCACCCUGUCCGUCAUCUCCGGUCGGGCCAUCCGCCUGGUUUCCAAACAGGAUAAAACAGAUGGUGACCCUUACAACAGUAAGUCCAGUCUUCUGAAGGAUGGGGUGGACUGUGCAUCCAAACCCUGAGCUGUCACAUUUGUAUUCUCCAAUAUUUUGGCAUAUAUCAAGCCAAAGGUUUAAUCAUUGGUCUACAGUUGUUGUAUUUUUUUAUUUUAUUUUUUUUUUUGAUUUAAUACGAAGCCAUUUGCCUUGUAUAUGGCGAGUAAUCUUUAGUAGUAUCACUUACUAUGGAUAUCACAUGGUUAAAGUAAUUUUCAAAUAAUUGCACAUGCCUUUAUACAGACUUUUGUAUGGGAUCAUGACAUGUUCCUUGUGGCACACUUUUAUUCUAAAUAAAAUGCAUUGCCUUUCA